GAAACGUCAACCACUGUACUGGAGAAGGUGACAUUUCCAGAAGGCCGAAGUGCUAUUGUCGGUGACUGCAACCACAUUUAUUGAAAUUGUGCCAUUUAACAGCGUACCAUGUCCUCCUUAGGAAGGGCCGUAGGGGUCCUUCGUGCUGGAACACAGCUUUUAAAACGCGGACCACAGAAAAUGUUAACUCGGAAAGCUGGAGGAGGAGCACACAUAGAGGCCCAGUACAGGCAGUACCCCCAGAUCACCAAGAAUCAGAAGUUUCAAGCAGAGCUCCUUAGUAGUGCCAUGUGGUUCUGGAUUCUAUGGCACUGCUGGCAUGACCCUGAUGCCGUGUUGGGUCAUUUCCCAUGGCCUGAUGCAUCCGCAUGGACAGACGAGGAACUUGGAAUCCCAGCUGAUGACGAUGAAUAAUUUGGCCCCUGCUCUACUGAAAUAACUGGCAGGUUGCUCAGCAGCCAUGAAGAGGAUGUGCUAAAAGGCAUCGUUGUACAUAAAUAUUAAUAAAGAAAUCCACUUCUACAUUG